UCUCUCUACAAAGCAAAAGAUCUCUCUCUCUAUCUCUCAGAUCAAUCAAUCUAACAGAGAGAUCUCUCUCAUUCCCUCAUAUCAACAAUGGGAUCUCUACCACCGCCACACCUCGACUUCUCCUCCGCCGAUCACGGCGACAUCUCCAAAGACAACCUCCUCGCCCUCUUCAAAUCCCAACAAGAUCUCCUCAACCACUUCUUCAAACACCUCGACCUCUCCCAAACCCUAGACUUCUCCCGCGUCCUCCUCUCCACCACCGGCACCGUCUUCUUCACCGGCGUCGGCAAAUCCGCCUUCGUCGCAAACAAAAUCUCCCAGACACUCAUCUCCCUCAGCUUCCGCUCCUCCUUCCUCUCCCCCCUCGACGCCCUCCACGGAGACAUCGGCGCUCUCUCCUCCCGCGACGUCCUCGUCCUCUUCAGCAAAUCCGGCUCCACCGAGGAGCUUCUCCGCCUCGUCCCCUGCGCCAAGGCCAGAGGAGCCUUCCUCGUCUCUCUCACCUCCGUUCCCGGGAAUCCUCUCGCUGGAGUCUGCGAUAUGAACGUGCAUUUGCCGUUGCAGAGGGAGCUGUGUCCGUUUAAUCUCGCUCCCGUGACGUCUACGGCGAUCCAGAUGGUGUUUGGUGAUACGAUCGCGGUUGCGCUCAUGGCGGCUAGGAAUCUAACGAAGGAUGAGUAUGGAGCUAAUCAUCCCGCUGGUAGGAUCGGCAAGAGCUUGAUUUUCAAGGUAAAGGAUGUUAUGAAGAAGAAAGAAGAGCUUCCGGUAUGUAAAGAAGGAGACUUGAUAAUGGAUCAACUAGUUGAGCUAACCAGCAAAGGAUGUGGGUGUUUGCUUGUGGUUGAUGAACAUCAUCGCUUGAUCGGUACAUUCACAGAUGGAGAUCUUCGCCGGACUCUUAAAGCAAGUGGAGAAGCUAUCUUCAAACUCAGUGUUGGAGAAAUGUGCAACAGGAAGCCGAGAACAAUUGGACCGGAAACAAUGGCAGUUGAAGCGAUGAAGAAAAUGGAGUCACCGCCAUCGCCUGUACAGUUUCUACCUGUGCUCACUGAAGACAACACCUUGAUUGGAAUUGUAACAUUGCAUGGUUUGGUUUCAGCUGGUCUCUGAGUACGAAGCUGCCUCUAUGUCCGAGUUAUACACAUAAGUUCAUUCUUUUUUCUUAAGUUGUGUAUUGUUGGUGAUGUUCACGGCUAGUGAAUGAUUGUAUUGUAUCUAUUAGUACACUCUCAUGUAUUGCAUUCUCUUUAGUAUUUACGCAAAAGAUAUGUAUAGAGAGUAUAAGAAGUUUCUUA